AUGUCUUCCAGCUUGUCGCAUUCGGAGAAAUGGUCACUGUUGCUCCUGACCGGCGCUUCUCUGGCCGUCAUCGCAAACUCCUUCGAUGGCGGCGGUGCCCCUCUGGUGGCAUCUCUGGCCUUUUCAACCUUGGCCUUCUCCAUGACCUAUGCCUUUGUCCGAUGGUCAGGCCCGUCGUUUGUCAAGGCUGGUCUGAAGGGCAGGGACAUGAGCAAAUUGAUCCCGAAAGAAAUCCCGGAGGCCCUGGGGGCUGUUGCAGCAUCGGUUUACAUCCUCGUCCUCAUGGCCUUCAUCCCCUUCGCCUUCUACAAGGACAUCGUCGCCGCCACCUCGGGGGGCGGGAACCGGGACGUGGUCAUCACCAUCAGCGAGGUUGAGACAGGACGCUUUCUGCACCGCUUCCCGCACUCGAAACUGUCCUCGUAUCAAUCGGCCCUGAACACUCUCCAAACCACCACUAUUCUUGGUAUGGCCGAUGAUAUCCUGGACCUCCGAUGGAGGCACAAGUUCUUCAUCCCGGCCAUUGCCUCGCUGCCGCUGCUCAUCGUCUACUAUGUCGAUUUCGGAGUGACGUCGGUGGUGGUGCCCAAUUUCCUGGUCCAGUAUAUGCCGAACCAGACGCGACUUAUCAACCUGUCCUUCCUCUACUACCUGUACCUGUCGGCGUUGUCGAUCUUUGCGCCAAACUCGAUCAACAUCCUGGCCGGGGUCAACGGGAUCGAGGUCGGCCAGGCGCUGGUCGUCGCUGUGCUGUUGAUCCUCAAUUCAUCGCUCUACCUCGUGCCGUUUCCUGGAAAUCCGGUCUUGAGCAAUGGUUACGCAACACACCCGCACCCGGCCACCGACUCGCACCUCUUGACCCUGUACCUACUCCUGCCGUUCUUGGGCGUGUCCGCCGCGCUGUACAUCCACAACCGAUACCCGGCCCGAGUCUUUGUCGGCGACACGUAUUGCUAUGUGGCCGGCAUGACCUUUGCAGUGGUUGCGAUCAUGGCACAUUUCAGCAAGACACUCCUGCUGCUUCUCAUUCCUCAGAUCGUCAAUUUCGUGUACAGCACCCCUCAGCUUUUCAAGAUCAUUCCAUGUCCAAGACACCGACUCCCCAAGUUCAAUGCGAGGACUGGCAUGCUCGAGCCGAGCGUGACGCCCUGGCCGGAUGACCGGCCCCCAAGCAAGCUCCUGACCACGGUUUUCUUCACUCUGGAGAAGCUGCACUUGCUGCAGGUGACGGUGAAUCCCAAGACGAACCGCAUCUCGAGCACGUCCAACCUGACCAUCAUUAACCUGUGGCUGGUGUGGCGAGGCCCGAUGCGAGAAGACCAGCUGACAAGGGAGCUGUUGAUCAUGCAAAGCGUGUGUGGACUGUUCGGCUUGUUUGUGAGACACACCAUGGCCUUGUUGAUCUUCAGCGUGGACAACCGGGGCCAAUAUGGCCAAGGCCAUGCGUCGCCAGUGUAA